AUCAUCAUCCUCUUCAACACAGCUACGUCCAACUCCAUCACUACUAUCAAAACCAUUUUCAGACAAGGAUCCACAAGUAAAGGAGAGGAGAAUAAAGAUAAAUAACAGAGGAGAUUCUUUCAGUUUGGGAGGAAAAGAGCAACAGGCACCCGCCAUGUCUUUUGAUCUGAAGGAGAAGACAGAGGUGCGUCUGGUGUUCUUGGGAGCAGCUGGAGUGGGUAAGACAGCCCUCAUCCAACGCUUCCUCAAAGACACCUUUGAGCCCAAGCACCGGCGCACAGUGGAGGAGCUCUACAGGAAGGAGUAUGAGGUGGGGGGCAUCAAAGUCACCAUCAACAUCAUGGACACCAGUGGCAGCUACUCCUUCCCAGCCAUGCGCAAGCUCUCCAUCCAGAACAGCGAUGCCUUCGCCCUGGUCUACGCUGUGGAUGACCCUGAAUCCUUGGAGGCGGUCAAGAGUCUGCGAGAGGAGAUCCUGGAGGUCAAAGAGGACAAGUACACGCCUAUAGUAGUGAUAGGCAACAAAAUUGACCGUCACAAUGAACGCCAGGUGUCCAGCGAGGACGUGCUGUCCACAGUGGAGCUGGACUGGAACCACAGCUUCCUGGAGUCUUCGGCCAAAGACAACGUCAACGUGUUGGAGGCUUUCAAAGAGCUGCUCCAACAGGCCAACCUGCCCAGUCGGCUCAGUCCGGCACUGUGCCGGAGACGGGAAACCUUCCCCAAGGAGGGCAACAAGCGGCCCCCUAUGAACAAGACCAACAGCUGCCUCAUCUCAUAAUGAUGCAGAACUGCUCAAUGGGCAACAAGACGAAAAGAGACUGAGAGAGGGUGACAGAAAACUGCCCAAAAGAGAGUGAAAGAACUUUGUUGGUGCGAGCUGACUGCACAGAAUCAAACCAAGAGACAGUGUUAAAUGUGUUAAGACUCUAAAGAAACGCAGGGUUAAGCACUGCAGCAUUGGACACACAGAGAUGUCUCUAACAGAUGAUGAAAACAGAUACCACCUCGAAGGCCAGAAAGAAUGUGGCUGAACUGCUUGAAUAGCGACAAGAGGAAAUAGCGCACAGACAAUAGUUACUGUGAAAGUCAAAAAAAAGGUGCAGUAAUAAAGGGUGACAGUGUAUAAGCAGCAUUAUGUAUCAUAAGCCCAGCUUUCACUCAAAUCUCUGUAUGUGAUGUUUCAUUUUAGGGGGUUUCAUGUUAUUGGUGUUAAAAAAAAAAGUGCAAUAACUGUGAAGUCAUGAGUGUUCAUGCAAAAGUCUGUUUGUGUCUUCGUGUGAUGGUUUUAUGAACCAAGUGAACAACAGAAUAAGAACUGCUUAACCUGGAAACUGUUUGUCUUUUCUUGUGUAGCUUGUCUGACAUGCUGCCCCUUAUGCACAUGUAAACUAUUAUUUUGAAAUACAUGCUGUACAUUUACUGCUGUUUCUCACUCUGUUUGACCAAUAAAUCCUUUCUAAUUUGGA